UCCGGGGUGUUUCAACAGGAAGGCGGACAUGUUGGUCAGGCAGUGGGAGAAAAUCGGGCACCCAGUUUUUUUUUUUUUUUGAAUAAUAACAUCGAUUAAAGCUUGAACUAUCCUUACAGUUACAGCACAGCGGAUUACAUACUAUUUUGGAAAAGUAGAAGCCGGCGUGCGGACUCGGGAGAUGUUUAUUGCAGAAGAACCGUAAAGAAUCGUUUUAACCAGGAUCUUGUUUUAACUGAUCGAAAUUUGUAAGGCGAAGUUUUUUUCGCCACUUCUCACUUUGCAGCUGUCAGACUCGUUUGGCCUGGCAGGCAUUUAUGGACAGAGGCCUGGAGAAACUUCAUUUCAUGUGGCCGCAUGCUAACUCUGCAACGUUUAUUUUAUCCCUUCUUCUUUUUUGCGCGGAUAUGAUCUGUUCGUCUGUUUUAAAAGAGCUUGUUCCCCACAUAUCUCCUGAAGCUAAAUUAGCUUAGCGCACUAUAAUCUGUUGCUGCUGCUGCUUUUGUGUUUGCCAAGUUGUCAUGGACUAAUCCGACACCUUGUCUUGUCGUUGUUUUGUUUUUGAAAAUGUGGCUUUUCGUCAUCUCUCCGUGUUGUACACGUUUCAACGAGAGCGAUAAUAAGACUGUAAGACACAAAACGCUGCUUUGAUCAAACUAGUGCUUGCUUUGUGAGGGCAGAGGAAGUUGGCGAGUUAAUUUGCUAACCUUAGCCAGUACACUCACAUCUCUUUCAUACGUCUGAAUCGGAUCAGUUAUGAAUAUGUCUGCUGGAGAAAGUUUGACAGCUCGCUUCGAGAAGAUCGAUGCUAUGCUGAAGGAUCCCAAAUCGGAGAUCAACACAGACUGUCUGCUGGACAGUUUGGAUGCUCUGGUUUACGACCUUGAUUUUCCGGCCCUGAGGAAAAACAAAAGCAUCGAUAACUUCUUAAAUAGAUAUAAGGACACGAUCAGCAAGAUCCGGGAGCUGCGUAUGAGAGCAGAGGACUAUGAAGUGGUAAAGGUCAUAGGAAGAGGGGCGUUUGGAGAAGUACAACUGGUUAGGCACAAAGCCACGAGGAAAGUGUACGCCAUGAAGCUGCUCAGCAAGUUCGAGAUGAUCAAGAGGUCGGACUCGGCUUUCUUCUGGGAAGAGAGAGAUAUUAUGGCCUUUGCCAACAGUAAUUGGGUAGUACAGCUGUUUUAUGCAUUCCAAGACAACCGCUACCUCUACAUGGUGAUGGAGUAUAUGCCAGGCGGAGACCUGGUCAACCUGAUGAGCAACUAUGAUGUGCCUGAGAAGUGGGCACGCUUCUACACCGCCGAGGUCGUGCUGGCACUGGACGGCAUCCACUCCAUGGGCUUCAUUCACAGGGACGUGAAGCCUGACAACAUGUUGCUAGACAAGGCUGGCCACUUGAAGCUGGCAGACUUUGGGACCUGCAUGAAAAUGAACAAGGAUGGGAUGGUACGAUGUGACACAGCAGUGGGAACUCCAGACUAUAUUUCUCCAGAGGUACUGAAGUCGCAGGGAGGAGACGGCUACUAUGGCCGAGAGUGCGACUGGUGGUCUGUGGGGGUCUUCCUCUACGAGAUGCUCGUUGGUGACACGCCAUUCUACGCUGACUCUCUGGUGGGCACCUACAGCAAGAUCAUGAAUCACAAGAACGCCCUGACCUUCCCCGAGGACAGCGACAUCUCAAAGGAUGCAAAAAACCUCAUCUGUGCUUUCCUCACCGACAGGGAAGUGCGGUUAGGACGCAAUGGAGUCGAUGAAAUCAAGCGACACGGUUUUUUCAAGAACGACCAGUGGGCGUGGGAGAACAUCAGAGAGACGGCUGCUCCAGUGGUGCCGGAGUUAAGCAGUGACGUAGACACGAGCAACUUUGACGACAUUGAGGAAGAUCGAGGGGAGGAGGAGACAUUCCCCAUUCCUAAAGCGUUUGUAGGCAACCAGCUUCCGUUUGUGGGGUUCACCUACUACAGCAAUAACCAGUUUCCUCGGGAAUCACCUAUAAAGAGUGACAAACGCAGCUCAACAAAGGAAGAUAAGAGUCACUUGGAGAAUCUUCAGAAGAGAAUUUAUCAGCUAGAAGAAAAACUUCACAGUGAGAUGCAGCUGAGAGACGAGAUGGAGCAGAAGUGCAGGGCAUCCAAUACAAAGCUAGACAAGAUAAUGAAAGAGUUAGAUGAGGAGAGUAACCUAAGGAAGAGUGUGGAGGCUAACAUGUCUUUACUGGAGAAAGACAAGAUCAUGAUCCAGCACCGAGCAACAGAACAUCAACGGAAGGCGGACCAGGAGGCUGAAAAACGAAGAAAUCUGGAGAAUGAGGUGUCUACUUUGAAGGAGCAACUGGAAGACUUGAGGAAAAUCAGUCAAAACAAUGACAAGAUCGCCCAGCUACAGAACCAACUGGGGGAAGCCAACGGCCUCCUGCGGGCUGAGUCGGACACGGUGGUGCGUUUGAGGAAGAGCCACACGGAGAUGGGCAAGUCCAUGAGCCAGCUGGAGGGAGUGAACCGUGAGCUGCAGGAGAAGAGUCGCGCUGCAGAGAGUGUCAAACAGCAGCUGGAGAAAGAGCUUCUGCAACUGCAGACCACGCUGGACACCGAGAGACGGUCCUGCAGCCAGGGCUCGGAGGAGAUCAGGGAGCUGCAAGCUCGCAUCACUGGUCUACAGGAGGACAACAAGAACGUGAAGCAGAGUUUGUCCAAAGUGGAGCUGGAGAGGAAACAAGUCCAAGACAGAUGUAACGUUCUUGAGAAGGAGAAGAACAGUCUGGAAAUUGACCUAAACUACAAGCUGAAGACUCUCCAGCAGCGGCUAGACCAGGAAUCGACCGAGCACCGCAUCACGAAGGCUCAACUCACAGACAAAUAUGAGUCUAUCGAGGAAGCCAAGUCAGCUGCUAUGCACGCGGUGGAGCAGAAGGUGUCGGAGGAGACCACACUGCGGAUGCGAUCGGAGAGCAGGGUGGUGGAGGUGGAGAAGCAGUGCUCCAUGCUGGAGUUCGACCUCAAGCAGUCCGUGCAGAAGAUGGAGCAGCUGAUGAAGCAGAAGGAGAGGCUGGAGGACGAGGUCAAGGAGCUGCGGGUGCAGUUGGAGCACGAGUCCUCGAAGCGUUCGCUGUCCCAAAACGAGCUGAAAAGCUGGACGAUGGAGGCUGAACGCCUGAAAGGAUCGGAGAAGCAGCUCAAACAGGAGAUCAACGCGGCCCUCGAGAACAAGCGCUCCGUCGAGUUCCAGUUGGCACAGCUCACCAAGCAGUACAGAGGAAAUGAGGGGCAGAUGAGGGAACUUCAGGACCAGCUGGAGGCUGAGCAGUAUUUCUCAACACUCUAUAAAACUCAGGUGAAGGAGCUAAAGGAGGAGAUCGAGGAGAGGAAUCGACAAACUCAAGACGCUCUCAAAAAAGUCCAGGACAUGUACUCAGAGAAGGAGUCGCUCUCUGCUCAGUUGGACCUCACCAUGACGAAAGCAGAGUCGGAGCAGCUGGCCCGUGCGCUUCAGGAAGAACAGUAUUUUGAACUCUCUCAGGAGAACAAGAAGGCCGUGUCACGUUACAAACUGGAGAUCUCAGAGAAAGACUCCAGCAUCGCACAGCUUGAGGAAUCCAUCAAAACCCUUACCAAAGAUGUGGACAUCCUCAGUAAGGAGAAGGCCGAGUUGGACAGAAGGCUCCGAGCUCAAGAAGAAGAGUUCGCAGCAGAGAAGGAGGAGGUGGAAAACUCGGUGAAGGUGAACUACGAGAAGACCCUUAAUAUAGAAAGAACUCUGAAGAUCCAGGCGGUGAAUAAGCUGGCUGAGAUUAUGAACCGGAAGGACAUGAAGUUGGACCAGAAGAAGAGAGGCAGCACCACUGACCUGCGCAAGAAAGAGAAGGAGAAUCGCAAACUGCAGCUGGAGCUGAACCAGGAGAAGGAGAAGUUCAACCACAUGGCCAUCAAGUACCAGAAGGAGCUCAGCGAGAUGCAAGCGCAAUGGGCCGAGGAGUGCACGUAUCGCAAUGAGCUGCAGAUGCAACUAGACAGCAAAGAGAGUGACAUCGAGCAACUCAACGAGAAGCUGAACGACUUGCAGCUCCGCGUGGAGAACUCCAGCGUCACCAGCCUGCAGACGGACGAGCUGGACAGCAACACCGCUGAAUCAAGGCUCGAAGGCUGGCUCGCAAUACCUAAUAGGGUUAAUAUAAAAAGAUAUGGCUGGAAAAAGCAGUAUGUUGUGGUGAGCAGUAAAAAGAUUCUCUUUUACAAUGAUGAGCAAGACAAGGAGCAGUCCAACCCCUCUAUGGUACUAGAUAUUGACAAACUUUUCCAUGUGCGUCCUGUCACACAAGGCGACGUUUAUCGAGCUGAGACGGAUGAAAUUCCACGAAUAUUCCAGAUACUUUAUGCUAAUGAGGGUGAGUGCAGGAAGGAAGCGGACAUGGAGAGUGUUCCUCAGGGUGAUAAGGCCAACUGCUUGCCCCACAAAGGCCAUGAGUUCAUCCCCACCCUCUACCAUUUCCCUUCUAACUGUGAGGCUUGCUCCAAACCCCUGUGGCACGUGUUCAAGCCCCCGCCAGCCCUGGAGUGCCGCCGCUGCCACGUCAAGUGCCACAAGGACCAUCUGGACAAGAAGGAGGACGUUAUCGCCCCUUGCAAAGUUAAUUAUGAUGUGACAUCAGCUCGAGACAUGCUGCUUCUGGCCUUGUCCCAAGAUGAGCAGAAGAAAUGGAUUGGUCAUCUCGGCAAGAAGAUUCCCAAGACCCCGCCUUCUACCUUCUCAAGGGCGUCUCCACGCACAAUGUCCACUCGCUCCGUAGCAAACCAGUCCUUCCGCAAGAACCCCAAAAACAUGCCAGGAAAGCCAAGCAGGGCGCAGUCCAGUCUCCAUGCGGCAGACACAACAUCCAGUACAUGCUGACAACAUCAUACAGCUUCUCCACACCUUACAUGUCUAAUGGUGUAGUCCACUGCUCCUGUGUUUGUUCAGUGCCUUCAUUCACAGUUUUAAAGGUCGAGGUUAACUGUGGUCAGUUGCUCUUUAGAGGCCUGUCCUUUUAUGUUUACUCUGGGUUUUUGUUUACUAGAAUGACACAUUCUUUCUGUUACAAACUUAGCCAAUUAAAAGGGAAUUUCCUUUAUCUGGACAGAGGCUCUCUACGGUCUUGGUUUUAAAACUUGAAAUUUCCCCCUAUAUUCUGCCAUUUGUAUCUUGUUUCCACUGCAGGAGACAAUGGGUGGAGAUUGGUGUCCAGCUCC